AUGGCCCCGUUGGGUGCAACAUCCUUGGCACAGCACGAUAACCAGGAUACACCUCAGCCUCUUGGAAUAUCUACCACAGCGUGCGACGACGAGCAGAUGUUGCUACUGGGGAGGAAAAAUGAUGAUGCACCCUGGUGGAAGGUCGCACUUACGACUGGACUGCGCCACCUGUCCUUUGUAGGACCUGGCAUUAUUGCAUCCGUUGCAUACUUCGAUCCCGGAAAUUGGGCGACGGAUAUGGAGGCGGGCUCGCGAUUUGGAUACAAGCUCUUGUUCACCGUGCUACUUUCCGGUCUGUUUGCAAUUCUACUGCAAGUGCUCUGUGCGCGACUCGGUACCGUGACGGGGUAUGAUUUGGCCACCCAGACGCGGCGCUUGGUGCUUGGGCUUCCGGUCGGUUCGGACCCGCCGCCAGAUUUUUGUACGCCGAAAAUGCGAUUUCGGUUCUGGGCGCUUCUUGUGCCGCUGUACAUUAUCAACGAGGCUGCGAUUGUUGCUACCGAGCUAGCCGAGCUGAUUGGUAGUGCUAUUGCGCUCAAUAUGCUUUUCCCUAAACUUCCUUUGUGGGGUGGCGUGCUGGUCACCACCGCCGACGUUUUCUUAAUUCUACUUCUCUACCGCCCCAGCAUGAGUGUGCGCAUUUUUGAGACGCUGAUUGGCGUGCUGGUGAUUAUUGUGCUGACGUGCUUUAUUGUGCUUCUUGUGCGUGUGGACCCAAACUGGGGCGACGUGUUCCACGGGUAUAUUCCUUCUCCUGUCGUGGUGAGCUCCAAGGGUCUGUAUGUCUCGAUCUCGAUUUUGGGCGCGACCAUCAUGCCGCACUCGCUGGUUCUUGGCUCCCACUUCGCCACGAUUGACCGACUGGAAGGGUACGAGCAGGAGGAUUCGGGCGACGAUGCAAGCGUCGAAGCGCCGUUGUCCAAGAAGCACGUCACCGGCUGGAGAGGGUUUUGGUACGAGUUUCGCUCGCGACUCGUCGCGACGCAAACCCAAGUGCCGCACAGCAUUCAAGUAGACCAGCUCCCGCCACGCAAACCUGCUUCACUGCGUUCGAUUCAACUGCAUGUGCAGCAUGCAUCGUGGGACAUCGCCAUAUGUCUCGUUCUCUUUGCCAUCACGAUCAACAGUGCGAUUUUGAUUGUGGCCUCGGCUGGGUUCUACUACGGGAACAAUGCGAACGGGGACAAAGAGGUGGUUGCGGACCUUUUCCAAGCGUUCAACUUGCUAAGGGAUAAUGUCGGCAAAGGGCCGGCAAUCCUGUUUGCCAUUGCACUGCUUGCUGCCGGGCAGUCGUCUAGCAUUACUGUCACGCUCGCCGGGCAGCUCAUCUCUGAAGGUUUUAUCCACUGGAAGAUGUCUCCGUUCAUGCGGCGUCUUCUUACCCGCGCUAUUGCCGUAGUGCCCUCCAUGGUAGUCGCGACUGUUACCGGGCGCACAGGCUUGGACAAGAUGCUGGUGGCGUCGCAAGUCGCACUCUCCAUGGCGCUGCCGUUUGUGAGCUUUCCUUUAAUUGUGCUUACUUGCUCGCGCAAACGCAUGGUGCGCGAGGUAGUUGAUGAUGUGCCUCGUUCGCCAGAUAUGCAGCAGCCGUCAGAGACGCAAAACUACGGCACGACGAACUUGACUUCGGACGCGGCACCGGCACCGGCACCAGCACCGACACCGCCUUCGCGAUGGCGCCAAUGCUACGCAGCGGCGCACCGUUUCUACGCGUUCCUUGGCUACGGCAGCCAAGGCGACUGUGAGGCUGCGGGCAGCGUCUACUACCACCGCUUUCAGAACGGUAUUGUUGCUAUGCUCCUUUCAUGGGCAGUGUUUUUUCUCAUCUGCAUUGCCGACAUCUAUGUGCUCUACUUUUCGCUCGCUCACCCCGACGAAGCCUGA